GGUCUCUGGGGAAGUCACAUGCUUUGUGGACCUUGAAAAGAAUCUUCUGAGGCCUCAGCUUCUCUCCAAGAACCCACCUAGAACUGUGUUCAACUCUCUUCUACCACAAUGAGCAACAAAUUCCUGGGCACCUGGAAACUCGUCUCCAGUGAGCACUUUGAUGAGUACAUGAAAGCUCUGGGAGUGGGGUUGGCCACCAGAAAACUGGGAAAUUUGACCAAGCCUACAGUGAUCAUCAGCAAGAAAGGGGACUAUCUAACUAUACGAACUGAAAGUACCUUUAAAAGUACAGAAAUCUCUUUCAAACUGGGCCAGGAAUUUGAAGAAACCACAGCUGACAAUAGGAAAACUAAGACUCUGGUAACCCUGGAGAAAGGCUCACUGAAUCAAGUGCAGAAAUGGGACGGCAAAGAGACAAUGAUAAAGAGAAAGUUGGUGGAUGGAAAAAUGAUAAUGGAAUGUAUGAUGAAUGGCAUCAUCUGCACCAGAAUUUAUGAGAAGGUUUGAGAAAAUCAUUUCCUCACUGAAGUAACAUUUGAUCAUUUAAUAUUGAAAAAUCAAUUGCUUCCACUGUCAAGCCCUGAAUAGGUCAAAAUUUGCUUAUUUGUUUCUGCUUUUGUCUUCAUUCAUCAGAUUAUCAAAGGCUUAAACUGAGAAUUAGUCUAAAAUUCACAGCUACUUAAACAUUUUCAAUUUGUAUAAGUGUAUUAAAGCAAAUGCAUCAGCCAGACCAAAUUGUUGAUAAUGUUAUUAAUUGUUCGUGAAAUUCUGACCUGUGCUAUACUCUGAUUAAUUUAGAUAAUAAUAAAAAAGAAGUAAUAGGACUAUAAAAGGAAGUAAAAGUAUCAAUUAGAGAUACCAAAUUCAAAUGUCUUUGGGGCCAGGAGGGUUAUUAGGUAAGAGACUCAGAAAUGAAGCAACCCAGGAGGAAACAUUUUAAAUUGUGGAUUUCAGUCCCAGUUGAAAUGGGCAGCCUCUACUCCAACCAAUUAUUUUUUAAAUUGAGGAGUAAUUUAUAGACAGUGAAAUGCAAAGAUAUUAAGAGCAGGGUUGAAUGCAUCGUGGCAAAUGCAUACGCCCAAAUAAAUCAGGAUUGAGACACAAAAUAUUUCCUCUAUCCCAGAAAGCUUCUGCAUGUCUCUUCCUAGGCAAUGUCCUAUACCGUUCCAUCCCACCAAAAGCAAGGACAGUAGUGAUUUGAUCCUAGCACUGUAGGUUAGAUUUGCCUGUUCAUGUUAAUGGAAUCAUGUAUUAGCCAUUCGUUUCUGUUUGCUCUUUUAAACUCAGCAUAAUCUUUUUCAGAUUCAUUCAUAUAGUUGCAAGAAAUUGCAGUUUGUUCCUUUCUAUUGCCAAGUACUAUUUCAUUGUAUAAAUAUGUCAGUUCAUCAAUCUUUCUGUUUCAACAAUUCUGCUGUCACCAAUUUUUGGUCACUAUGGAUAAAGCUGCUACAUUCUUAAACAAAA